GGGCGUGCGUGCGUGUGUGUGAGUGCGCGCCAGCGAGCGCGCCUUCUGCGGCAGGCGGACCGACUCCUCGGCGCGGCGGGGCUGGGGCAAGCUGGACGCAGCAUGAUGCGCGCAGUGUGGGAGGCGCUGGCUGCGCUGGCGGCGGUGGCGUGCCUGGUGGGCGCGGUGCGCGGCGGGCCUGGGCUCAGCAUGUUCGCGGGCCAGGCGGCGCAGCCCGAUCCCUGCUCGGACGAGAACGGCCACCCGCGCCGCUGCAUCCCGGACUUUGUCAAUGCAGCCUUCGGCAAGGACGUGCGCGUGUCCAGCACCUGCGGCCGGCCCCCGGCGCGCUACUGCGUGGUGAGCGAGCGCGGCGAAGAGCGGCUGCGCUCGUGCCACCUUUGCAACGCGUCCGACCCCAAGAAGGCGCACCCGCCCGCCUUCCUCACCGACCUCAACAACCCACACAACCUGACGUGCUGGCAGUCCGAGAACUACCUGCAGUUCCCGCAUAACGUCACGCUCACGCUGUCGCUGGGCAAAAAGUUCGAAGUGACCUACGUGAGCCUGCAGUUCUGCUCGCCGCGGCCCGAGUCCAUGGCCAUCUACAAGUCCAUGGACUACGGGCGCACGUGGGUGCCCUUUCAGUUCUACUCCACGCAGUGCCGCAAGAUGUACAACCGGCCACACCGCGCGCCCAUCACCAAGCAGAACGAGCAGGAGGCCGUGUGCACCGACUCUCACACCGACAUGCGCCCGCUCUCGGGUGGCCUCAUCGCCUUCAGCACGCUGGACGGGCGGCCCUCGGCGCACGACUUCGACAACUCGCCCGUGCUGCAGGACUGGGUCACGGCCACUGACAUCCGAGUGGCUUUCAGCCGCCUGCAUACAUUCGGCGACGAGAACGAGGACGAUUCGGAGUUGGCGCGCGACUCGUACUUCUAUGCUGUGUCUGACCUGCAGGUGGGCGGCCGCUGCAAGUGCAACGGCCACGCGGCCCGCUGCGUGCGCGACCGCGACGACAGCCUGGUGUGCGACUGCAGGCACAACACGGCCGGCCCGGAAUGCGACCGCUGCAAACCCUUCCACUACGACCGGCCCUGGCAGCGCGCCACGGCCCGCGAGGCCAACGAGUGCGUGGCCUGUAACUGCAACCUGCAUGCCCGGCGCUGCCGCUUCAACAUGGAGCUCUACAAGCUUUCAGGGCGCAAGAGUGGGGGUGUCUGCCUCAACUGCCGCCACAACACCGCUGGCCGCCACUGCCACUACUGCAAGGAGGGCUACUACCGCGACAUGGGCAAGCCCAUCACUCACCGGAAGGCCUGCAAAGCCUGUGAUUGCCACCCCGUGGGCGCUGCUGGCAAAACCUGCAACCAGACCACCGGCCAGUGUCCCUGCAAGGACGGCGUGACGGGCAUCACCUGCAACCGCUGCGCCAAAGGCUACCAGCAGAGCCGCUCUCCCAUCGCCCCCUGCAUAAAGAUCCCUGUAGCACCGCCAACAACCGCGGCCAGCAGCGUGGAGGAGCCUGAAGACUGCGAUUCCUACUGCAAGGCCUCCAAAGGGAAGCUGAAGAUUAACAUGAAAAAGUACUGCAAGAAGGACUAUGCCGUCCAGAUCCACAUCCUGAAGGCGGACAAGGCGGGGGACUGGUGGAAGUUCACGGUGAACAUCAUCUCCGUGUACAAGCAGGGCACGAGCCGCAUCCGCCGCGGUGACCAGAGCCUGUGGAUCCGCUCACGGGACAUCGCCUGCAAGUGCCCCAAAAUCAAGCCCCUCAAGAAGUACUUGCUGCUGGGCAACGCCGAGGACUCUCCCGACCAGAGUGGCAUCGUGGCCGACAAGAGCAGCCUGGUGAUCCAGUGGCGGGACACGUGGGCGCGGCGGCUGCGCAAGUUCCAGCAGCGGGAGAAGAAGGGCAAGUGCAAGAAGGCCUAGCGCGGACGCAGCGGUGCGCCGGGCGGGCUGGGCGCCAGGGCCGA